UCUCUCUCUCUCUCUCGCUCUCGCUCUCUCUGGGGUUUUGAGGGUGUCGUUGUAACUGCACUGUUACUGCUGUUUCCUCCUUGCUGAACUUCACAGGCUCAGGGUGCAGCUCCAGAUCAGAGAGACGUGCGCCUGCAUCGAUCCCAACUACAGGGAUGUUUUGUGAAAGUGCUCUCUGGAGAAUGCGGUUCUGCCUGGACUCCGAGCCCCCCCACGCGCCCCCCUCCGAGCUCGAACCGCCGCACGGGGACAUGGCGGAGCCCGGCGGUUUUCCGGAACGUUCCGCCAGGCCCCGGUCAGCGACGGAGGCGCCUGGCGGAGACGGGCGCGGCGCCGUUCCUGGCCCGUCCCAAACUGUGCCCGGGGGUCGUCGCGGCGACCGGAGCAGCAUCCCCGCGCAGGGCUGGCAGACCACCCCCGAAGUGGACAUCCCCUGGCUGUCCAAACCCAGCGGGGACACCUUCCUGGUGCCGUCGUCCUGCAAGAGCAUCUGCAAGAACUACAGCGACCUGCUGAUCGGGGGCGACCAGGUCCUCCCCCUCAGCCUCGGCGCGGGACAGGGGGAGGCGGCCGGCAGCCCCCGCCUCCCCAGCGGCCCGUUCCUGCAGUCCAGCGAAAUCCCCCCGCCCCUGGAGUCCCCCCCCGGCCGGGGCUCGCCGCCCCGCUCGUCCCGGGCCCCCGCGCGCGGCGACUCCUCCCGCUGGCGGACGAGCAGCGGCAAGGACCGCAGCUUCCUGUUCCACGGCGGCGGCGGCGGCCCGCUCUCCAACUCGCAGCUGAACGCGUACCUGGAGCAGAAGCUGGUGGACCUGUACCGCCAGUACAUGGUGGAGAGCCUGGCCCAGCAGGGCUCCCCCUCCGCCGUGCUGGCCUCCGAGCUCAUCCUCACCAGUGUGGACCAGAUCACCCAGCAGCUGUCCCGCGAGCAGAACCUGGAGGCCGCCCGGGCCAAGGACAUGGUGAUCAGCUGCCUGCUGCGCGUGGCCAGCGGCCUGCCCUCGUCCGGCGAGAUCAGCACCCCCCAGCUCCAGAUCUCCGAGGACCAGCCCUGAGGGCCCCGGGGGAUGGGGGGGGGGGGGGCUAAGGGACCCUAAAAGCGCUGCUAAGGGCCAUGAAAGCGUGUUUGAGGGCCCUAAGGGCGUGACUGAGGGGCCCUAAGAGCAUGACUGAGGGGCCCUAAGAGUGCAUCUGAGGGCCCUAAGAUUGUGCCUGAGGGCCCUUAAGGGCGUGGCUGAGGGGCCUAAGAUCGUGCCUGAGGGCCCUAAGAGCGUGCCUGAGGGCCCUAAGAGCGUGCCUGAGGGCCCUAAGAGCGUGCCUGAGGGCCCUAAGAUUGUGCCUGAGGGCCCUUAAGGGCGUGGCUGAGGGCCCUAAGAUAGAGGGGCUGCACACUUUAACGCUCGGCUUUUUAACCGCAGUUCUUUUUGGCUUUAAUUGUGUAAACAGCUGCGCGCCAUGGCGAGGGUUUGCUCCUUCAUCACACGGCAGUAAAGCCCCCCCCCCCCCCCCCCCCCCGAGGACACACACACGCACGCCGCCGACAGCUGCGACACACCCAAAAAAGUGUCAGAUUAAUUAAACGAUCGGGGUGUUAAAUAAUUAAGAGCAGACGCCGGCGCAAAACAGUCACAUCCUCCAUCAUACGCGCCGCUAGACCAGGGCGUCGCCCCAGCCAGAGAGGAGCAGACAGGGUUUAUGACAGGGCUGGUGCUGGAGGGUUAGCGCACUGAGGAGGAUCCCCGUGAAACAACAGCCCGACACUGCGAAACGUUAUCGCAGUCUCCCCUGAUUGGACCGACGUUCUCGCCCGCAUCUUUACAAGGUCUGAUGUAGUUUGGUAAUUAAAAAGCCCGUCUUCGUCAACAAAGUAAAGCUCAUCACGACCCAGCCGGAUCCGUUUGAAGUGGCGGACGUUUUUUUAAAAAAAGACCCCCGUUGUCUGAGGAAUUCAGACGGCGCUGCCCUUCAAAAGAACGACUUCCAUCCUUUUUUCGGUUUAUGAGGCACCUGACCUUGUGCUUCUUCGAUUAAUUUUUCAAAAUAAUAAAGAAGGACAAAAAGCCAGACAUCUGUACUGCAACUGAAGGGAAAAUAAAAUUGAUUUUUUUCCCCCUGCUUUUUCUGCUCAUGUCCUUAUGUGAUUGAUGCUUCCUGAACUGUAGCUAUUUGUUUAAUGUUUGCUUCUUAUGGCUUUCUCACCCCCCACAAUCCACUUGCAUUCAAACAAUAAAUGACAAAUGUUUUCA